CACUCAACUUUCAGUUCAAUGGAACUCUUCCCAUAGUUGAUGUAAAGCCGAAUAAUCUCAAAGAUUCAUAAAGCCGUGUUUGAUAUUAUGGCACUUGACAUCCAUUUAUACCGUGGAGCCAUCAGAGUCGUUAUUAAAGAGACGAGGAUGAUUUACCCGAUGCAUUGUGCAUCGUUCCCCGAGGCUUAAGGAGGCCCUAAAAAAUGGUUUAUAGGGUCCAGAGGCACAAGUGUAAAAUAAAUAAUAAAGUGUCACUGCGCUAUCGUCCCCAAAGCAUGCGGUAAUCUAUGGAAUUCUCCUAUUUUUCGACAAUUUUUUCAAGACAUGUAUGCAUUACCCUUACAUAAGGUUUCUGGAGGAAACUGGCAUACAACUAAAAUUUUUUUCUGUAUGCUGGAAAACUAAGGCGUUCAACCGCUCUUUGAUUCGAUGGGGCAACAGCAAUCCUCGAUAUUUGAAAAUAUGGUUCAAAAUUGGAACAUAUGUCACCUUUGUGUUACUCCCAUUUUCAUUAGUUUUACUUUUAUACUCUAUACUUGUAAACUUUUCCUCAACUGAUAGUGGUAGUUCACAAUUUGUUUUACAACCAGUUUUGCCUGGAAUCAAUCUACCAGCAUCUGAGCUAGCUUAUUACAGUUUAACACUAAUAUUGUGCACAGUGGUGCAUGAACUUGGACAUGCAAUAGCUGCAGUUUUGUAUGAUGUUAACAUCAUUGAUGUUGGUGCUAACAUAGUAUUUGUGUUGCCUUUUGCUUAUGUAAACUUAUGCACAGAAAGAUUCUUGGCAUUACGACCCACACAUACAUUGAAAAUACUUUGUGCUGGAGUAUGGCAUAAUAUAGUCCUCAGCGUUGUUGCCUUAUUGCUUUAUUUUAUGUUGCCCACAUUGUUUUCAGUAUUCUUCCAUCUGAACAGUGGAGUUGCAAUAACUGAGAUUGCAAAGAAUUCACAUCUAGCUGGUAGUAAAGGAUUGAAUAUUGGUGAUACAGUGUUCCAAAUUAACGAAUGUGAUGUAAGAGAUGAAAACAGUUGGUACAAGUGUUUAGCUCAAACAGAUAUACUCAAGCCUGCAUUUUGCAUAGAGCCAGAUUUGAUACAUCAGUAUGAUGAAAGUAUUCCUUUGAAACACAUUGGUGAAGGGCAUAUAGAGUGCUGUGAAUCUAACAAAAAAGAAAACGUAUGUUUUGAAUACUUGGACCCAGCCGAUGGCAUUUUAGAAUUACCAAGUCAUGUUUGUCUACCAGCAAGAAGGGUAGUAGAAAGAUCAGAACAUUUUUGUUCUUCCACUCCAUACAUUUGUCCAACAAACCUUUAUUGUUUUCGGCCAAUAUUAGCAAAUAGUACAAAUUUGUUCAAAAUUAGCACAGAAACCAAAGAUGUUAUAUACUUGGGCUUAGUUAGUGAUUUGUACAGAACAAUACAUGUAUCCUCAUAUAUUCCAAAAUACUUUUUCAAGACACCAACAUUGCCUGAUGCAGUGACAAAGUUUCUGAAAUAUGUUACUAUUAUGUCUUUAGGACUUGCAAUAAUCAAUGUAUUGCCUUGCAAAUUUAUGGAUGGGCAAUACAUUACAGAGAUGUUAGCAUUAAUUCUUUUUAAAAGUCAUUUUGGGGAAAGCAAUGUUAAAUUGGCCACGUCAGUAGUUAAUGUACUCUUCACUAUAAUCAUAGUUUGUUAUUGUGUAUAUUCAUUAAGUAAGUCACUUUUAUAGAUAUUUUGAUACUAGUCUUGGGCAGCUAACAUUUUUGCUGCUCUCUUAUCCAUAAAAACCAUGUUUUGGGCUUUAUAAUUUGUAUAUUUUUGUAGUAUACGCUGUAUAUUAUUAGAUAAUAAAAUGAACGAGUCCAUACAAA